CUUUUCAAGUUUUUUUUUUUUGGUUAAGCUUUUCAAGUUGUUUGCAAGCUCCGCAUACCGUCUGAUUCUCUCUCACCCACGACAAUACGAUGAAGAGGGUUCUUGCAAGGAAAGUUAGGACAAGUAUAGGUGGGCCAAAGAUUUUGCUGAGAACUUGUUCGAGUUAUGUGACACCCGAAGCAUCUGAUUUUGGUUCUGCUGUGGGUGACGGUGUAAGAUUCUUUGGAGGGAGCGAUACAAAAAAGAGUUCCACUGAUGGUAGUCAACAACAUGACAUUGCUAUUGUUGGUGGAGGAAUGGUGGGCAUUGCAUUAGCUGCUUCAUUGGCGAGCAAGCCAUUGACGAAGCACUUGAAUGUUGCCAUUAUUGACAACAAUCCCCUUUUGGGGAGAAGAAAUAUCAUCGGGAAGGGAGACCCUCCUGAUCCCAGAGUCAGCACCGUCACGCCUGCAACAAUUUCCUUCUUCAAAGAUAUUGGUGCAUGGCAGUACGUUGAACAGCAUCGACAUGCAUAUUUCGAUAAAAUGCAGGUUUGGGACUAUACCGGCCUCGGGUACACAAGAUACAACGCAAGAGACGUAGAUAAAGACGUUUUGGGGUGUGUGGUGGAGAACAAGGUUCUUCAGAGUUCUCUGCUAUCUUGUGUACAGGAUUCAGAUCUUCAGAAGACUAUUUACCCGGCAAGGUUAAGUUCCAUGGAUAUGCUACCGAGCUCAUCAUUGUCUGGUUUGGGCGGAGCCCCAUCUACGACCGACUUAUAUAUGCGAGGACGCCUUGCUAAACUCGAACUAACUGAUGGAAAUAACGUCUAUGCAAAGCUUGUGGUAGGUGCCGACGGGUCCAAGUCGCGAGUGAGGGAAUUGGCGGGGAUCAAAACGACCGGGUGGAACUACUCGCAGAACGCUAUCAUUUGUACAGUAGAGCAUGCUGUUGAAAACCACACGGCGUGGCAACGGUUCUUGCCCAAUGGCCCAAUCGCGCUUUUGCCGGUCGGGGACAAGUAUAGCAACAUAGUGUGGACGAUGGACCCGAAAGAAGCUUCAGAUCGUAAAUCAAUGAGCGAGGAUGAGUUCAUCAAAGCUUUGAAUGAUGCACUAGAUCACGGGUACGGCCCACAUCCCGAGACAACGACGAGUUCUCGGGGAGAUUUAGGGGUUCUCUCUUGGUUUUCGGGAGUUGGUACUGUAUCGGCCAAGGAGAGAUUCGAGAUCCCGCCGAAGGUGGUGAAGUUAUCCUCGGAAAGAAUGGCGUUUCCGCUGUCUCUAAGGCAUGCGAAAGAUUACGCAUCGAAGCGGGUAGCCCUGAUCGGCGAUGCAGCUCACACGGUCCAUCCAUUGGCUGGUCAAGGGGUUAAUCUUGGAUUUGCGGAUGCAUCUGCUCUCUCCAAAGCAAUCACAGAAGGCAUCGCUCUUGGCACAGAUAUAGGCGAGGCGAAUCUGCUGAGACGGUACGAGAGGGAGAGAAAAUCCGAGAACAUAGCGAUGAUGGCGGUCCUUGAUGGAUUCCAGAAGCUUUAUUCGGUGGAUCUGGGGCCUCUGAACGUAAUGAGAGCUGUCGGAUUUCAUGGAGCUCAGUACAUUUCGCCGCUGAAGAGACGAAUCAUUUCGUACGCUUCCGGAGAAAGAUCUCUUCCUCUCUUCUUGUAAGGCUUGUCGUUUACUACUGUAUGUUACAUGAACAAGUAACGGUCUCUCCCCUCUUCUGGUCUUGUGAUGUCAAAAACAUGUUUUUGUAACAAUCAUCGAAUAAGGUUCCUUGAAUUAGAUUAGACCCAUCUUAUUCA